GACUCGCGGUCAGUCGUUGCCGGAGACUCGCUCUGCCAAGAUAUUCUGUGCGUCAUUUUACCGAGGGUGUUGUUUGCAGAAAAGUGUGCGUGUAACAUACACGAGCUUUUGUUCGCCAAGAUUUGUGCUGCGGAGAAAGGGAGAGAAAGAGUGGUGAAGUUGGUUUGAUCGUGAUUUGAUAUAGUCUGUCAAAACGGCCGCGAAAAUGGUGUCUGGUGGUAUGGCCUGCGUCAAGUACCUGCUGUUCCUUUUCAACCUGAUCUUCGCGAUCACCGGGAUAGUGUUCAUCUCGGUAGGCGCAGUGAUCCUGAUAGCGUAUCGCGGCUACGGCAACUUCGUCGACAUCUGGGUGUUCGCCGUGCCAGUGCUGAUGAUCGUCGUCGGCGUGGUGGUCUUCGUCACCUCGUUCUUCGGAUGCUGCGGCGCUGUCAAGGAGAACCACUGCAUGAUCAUCACUUUCUCAGUGUUGCUGCUGCUCAUCUUCGCGUUGGAAUUAGGCGCUGGAAUCGCCGGCUACAUGAUGAGCAACAAAGUGGACAAGAUGCUGGAGAAAUGCAUGAACGACACGCUCCAGGCGUACAUCUCCAGAGAAGACUACAGGCAGUCGUGGGAUAUUAUGCAGUACGACUUGCAAUGUUGCGGAGUUAACAGCCCGGCCGACUGGUUGAAAGCCGGCUUCGCCAACAACAAGCUGCCGCACUCCUGCUGCACCGAGCUGCCGAAAAACAAUCCCGAAUGCGACAUGAACGAUAUUAAGUCCAACACCGAGGGGUGCAAGAAACAACUGAGAAACAAGAUACAAGACAAUGGUAUUAUACUGGGUGGCGUUGGCAUUGGCGUUGCUCUCGUACAGCUGAUCGGAGUGAUCUUCGCGUGUUGCCUGGCUCGCUCAAUCCGUCGCGAAUACGAGACUGUCGAAACCACAGCGCACUGAUCAGCCACCGCUUAGAAGGCAUAUUAUCAUAAUCUUGUCCAUCAUGCAUUGAUAGGUAAACAAAAAAGCAAAAAACUAUAAAUCUAGGAAUGUAUCAUCGCGACCUCUUUUUAGUCCAUCUACGACAUGUACGCUUGCGAGUUCAUGGCAAUAUUCUGUAUUAAACAUUGUAAACAAAAGCAAAAAGAAGGCAAAAAAUAAAGCGAACACAAGGAAAACUUGCGCGAAGAAAAACGACACACUCGCGAUCGCUCUUCGAAUGCCCAAACUACAUCUCUUCAAAAUGAUUCAACGGAUAACUGCCAGAUUCCCUGCCAAAGACAACACACUGCGCGAAGCGAAUCUACGGUAGAUAUACUCGGAAGGAUCGCACGUACAUCUUUUUGUCACUCGGCGAUGAUAUACCUGCGAACAAAAAAACAAAUCAAGUGGAGUAAGAGAGUUACGGAGCGCGUUUUAUUUUUCAGUCGAGAGCCUAAAAAUAAUGAGUUUUCCUUAUGUAUGUUCACCCUCCUGUACACAACGCACACACACAUACACAAAGCUGCGUCGUGUAACUGCGCUUCGUGUGUGUCGCGCAUUUGGCCUUCUUCGAUUAUACUUUUGUGCUAAGGGAAAUUAGAGUUGGUUGGCGUACACGCCGAGCGAGUCGCGAGACCCAAACAAACAGUUCACUUGCGUGUUAUUGUAACGUGUAUGCUGAGGAAAGAGGAACGUCUGGAGGUGUAACGUUGAGAUCGUGGAAUUAGGCAGCGCUGUCUUGUUCUCCAUCACGCGGUCGGCGGUUCUACUAGUAUCGAUCGUGGUGUACGCUCUUGCUAUCGAGAUCACCUCGAUAUAAAACUCGCGAAUGCGUGGCUGUCGACUGGAUCACCAAGCCGGCAAUGACUAGUUGGAGAACUACCACGCCCUGCCUAAUUCUACUGAGCUUCAGGAUUACAAGUUGCACCGAUCCUGUCGUUCUUACUUUAUAUACAUAUAUAAAUAUAUAUCGAUUAUAAUUUUAGCAUAGCGUCGUAUUGUUAUACACAACACGGUCCGCGUGGCAACGACAACCCGCCCUCUGUUAUAGCCGUUGAAAAGCAGUUUCAUCAUUCACGCAAUUAUUGCAUUUACCGCGUAAAUAUGACUUACUGCAUAUAAAAAUUGUAUAACGAGGCGAUGAUACAUCGCAAUGCAAAGGAAAAAGCGUUGUAAUAAGCUCGCGAGCAGAUUAUCCGUGCAAUCGCAUUAAAACCCUCCUCCGUCGUUCGUUCGUUUAUGUCGGUGUAUCUAUAAUCAUUUGUAUUAUUAUAUUAUUAUUAUUAUUAUUAUUAUUAUUAUUAUUAUUAUUAUUAUUAUUAAGUAUAGAAAGCAUAAUGCAAUGCGCGUUCGCUUGACAUUAUCAAAGUUGUCACGCCAAGUCCGAAUGGUUCUUGCUCUCUCUCUCUUUCUCUCUCUUUCUCUCUCUUUCUCUCUCUCUCUCUCUCUCUCUCUCUCUCUCUCUCUCUCUCUCUCUCUCUCUCUCUCUCUCUCUGUCCCUCGUGAUCAUUAGUAGUGGUCGUGCGUCGAUGUACAGCUCUCUCACUCAACUCGUCGGUGCAAACGCAAAAGCAAAAGAACAAAGGAAAAGUGAAAUUUAUCAUACUCGCGUGCAGUCGUAACGAUCCUGCGGAAAACAACUGUUGCUAGGGGACCAACUGCGAUCACGAGUCCAUGCACCGCACGGAGGGAGGGGAGGCAGGCUUCGUAAGACAUAAUUGUGAUAUCCGCCUUUUUCGCGCGCUGCGUCUAAGUAACAAAGGACGACCGGCGGCAGUAGUGCUUUUGUAGUUUAUCGAUUGAAGGCGCCCUUGAUUGCGCGCGACGCUUGCGACGUGGCCGUCAUUAUUAUUUCUUGAUCGUCGCACCGACGGCCAACCGAUUUACUUCUGUCCGCGUGACGCGCAAUAUAGUGGUCUUUAAGCUUCAGUCGUUGCGAAGGGUGGCACGAUUGUUUCGUUCCCUUUAGUUGCUCGUUCCAGCACGAUUAACUGUGAUCUGCGCGGAUCACGAGUGAUUUUUAUAGAAAAGUGCCCUGUUGCCACUCUCUCGAACGACUGAGCCGCGAACAACGAGCUUUCCGCUCUAUCCUCAAACUUUCGCGCCUCAACGUCGAUGAUAUUAUUGCGUCAUUUGAAUCCGAUGUGUCUAUUUGAUUUAAUAAAGAUGUCUACUAAUAAAAUUAUCGGGACUAUGCCUAAUGCAAAUAUAGUGAGCAAGAAAAUAAAUAAAUCAAUUGAACACUGAGAUAUAAGGUAAAAGAAUUUUAAAAAUGUCGUAAACUUAUAUUGUAUAUGUCAUCAUUAUAAUGCAUAGAGUAUAGUGAAUAAAUGAUAAAAAUAAAUACGAGUAUGUAGCCGUCGUUCGGGUGUUAAACUUCUCUGUAACGCUUGUUCAAGAAUUGUAUAAGCACUUGUCCAAAGUUCGCUCCUUUUUAAGCUCGUGCAACGUCAUUCUACAAGGCUUUAUUUUCAAGACACUUUGAUUCGGCCCAGCACUCGUAAUGCUCGAUAUUAUUGUUGUCGUGUAACGCGUACUUAUUAUCGUUAUUACCAAUCGUACCAUCAGGCCCAGCAACCGACUAAUAUUCACCGAAACACAAUGUCAACCGUUCGAUUUUCAAGCUAAAAAACAUGCUGUCGUUAAUUAAUUGAUUUGAACGAAAAGCAACAAAGACUGAUGAAGAUUGUAAUCAGUAUUAAUAGCCAUUGGUAUUUUGAAUAAGCAUGAAAGGAUAAUACGGGGGAAAAAUAAAUACUAAUUUUUUAAAUUUAUAUGAAAAUCUAUUUUGGCUGCCUACAGUAAUUUUUCUAUGAUCCGCGCUAUUACAAUGCGAGUAAUUUGGUAUGGCGAUGAGCAACGGCAACGGUAGCUCUGUCAUGGAUACAAUCAAACGUACAUUAACAUUGAAAAGAAAAAAAUAACAACUAAAACCAAUGAGUAUGAGAAAUACAAGCAGACGUGAAAGAAAAAACCUUUCGUCAUAUACUUGACGCGCCUUUUUGCAUUUGGCAUUUUUUAGGAGCCAACAAACUGUCCUUGGCACAUAUUUGUCUAGCAUUUAUGAUACGUAUUAAAUAAAUUAA